AUGUCGCCAGGCCUCAAACGCGCCCGCGAACCCUACCGCAUCCGGAACGCCAUCGUCGGUCUAGGACUGGGAGCCUUCGCAGCAGGAGUAUGGGCCUACUCCAUCAGCGCCGUCAAGCAGGACGUAUUCGACGAUGUAGACGAAGAAGCUCAAGCCCUCCAAUCCCAAUCCCAGAGCUCAACAACACAACAUGUAAAGGGUGCAAACGCCACGGGUGUUACGCGUGUUGGGGCUGGAGCUGUUGGAGGAGAAGGGCUGAAGGCAGAGGAGAAUUCAAAGUUGAAGGCGGAGAAUAUCGUCGUGUCGGAACCGCUGCCACCUACCGUCCCCGCUCCUCCGCCACCAUCCACCACCCAGCCAGCGAAUGGCAGAGGGAUUUUGCAGUGUUUGGAUUCAAGGUGGCCAGGGCUCAAGUUGUUGGAUCCUCAGAGCAGGACAUUUGUGUGGGGUGCUCCGUCGGUGGAUAACGUCGGUAAAAUGCGGUCAUGA